GGUCCUCUGCAUCCUCCGUUACAGCCUCAGCCACAACCUCAGCCUCAGCAGCACCAUCACCAGCAGCAGCAGCAGCACCAUCACCAGCAGCAGCAACAGCAACACCAUCAUCAUCUCCAAGGGCCGCCACAGCCCUUGAUGCCCAUGAACCAGCCACAGUUCAGGCCUCAUAUGCAGCCCGCACAGCAGCAGCCGAAUAACAACAGGAUGCAGUGUCAGCCACGACAGGGUCCAAUGAAGCCAAGACAUAGUACACCGUCACAAAAUAUUGUCAAGCGUCCAAAUCAGCAGCUACAAUCAACCGCUCCAAGAAAUAGUAACUUGCGUGAGUUGCCGAUAGCACCAUCCCAUGCUAUGGAAAUGAGCAACAACAGGCGAACCUCUACCCCAGCUGCUCAGGUCAAACCCAUUACCAGCACGAUGUCUGCCACCAAGCCUGUAGCUGGUGUUGGAAACUCCCAGGGAAGGCCUGAGAUGAAAGCCAAAACAAUCACACCAGUGGGCCAAGCAAAAUCAGAAGUAAAAUCUGAACCAGAGUAUCCAGAUGAAGAUGAAGAAACUAGAUUGUAUCGUUUGAAGAUAGAAGAGCAGAAGCGUCUAAGAGAAGAAAUUCUGAAACAAAAGGAGCUGAGACGGCAGCAGCAGGCUGGUGCUAGAAAGAGAGAAUUGCUCGAAAGGCUUGCGCAGCAGCAGCAGCAACCUACUCAACAGUCCUACAUGCAGCAGGAGGAGGAGGACUCUGAGUUCCCCGCCAACGGCAGCCCUUACAUACCCCAUGCUGGCUUACAGACCAGGCAAAAUGUGAAAAACAGACUACUUGUUAAAAAGCAAGAUAUGGUAGUUCCAAAUAUGCAGCCCAAACCCACAGAUUUCCCGCAGUUUGGGGCGAAUAUGCCGUACCAAGGACAGCAGAUGAAGCCGGUGAAGCAGCUGAGGCAGACUAGGACAGUACCUCCGAGUCAGCCUCAGACACCGCACAAAGUACUGCAGAUGAAACCUGCUGCAGCAUCGCUGCCCACGACACAGACUGCUCGAGUGGCUUCGGUACAAGCAAGGCCCCAGGAACUGAAACCUGGCGUGAAAAGGACUGUCAUGCAACGGACAAACAGUGGUAGUGGAGAUGGGCCCCAUGCCGGCAGCAAAGUCAGGGUGAUUAAGUUGUCAGGAGGGCAGGGGGGAGAGGAUGCUGGCUUUUUUCACCCAGAGAGCCAGCCCCAGCGGCCUCAACAACCCCCGGAGUCGAAACAGCAGCCAGUGCGGAAGGUCACAUUGACAAAGGGAAUGCAACAACAGCAGCACCAACAGCAGCAGCAGGCACAGAUCCAUUCACCAGCUCCUCAAGGAGUCAAAAACAUCCAGGGAAUCCAUCAACCUAAAAAGGUCAUUAUGCACGGCAGAGGCAGAGGAGUAGCAGGCCAGAUGGGCCGAGGACGCUUGAUGCCAAAUAAACAGAACCUGCGAGUGGUGGAGUGCAAACCUCAGCCCUGUAUCGUGUCAGUUGAAGGGCUUUCUUCAUCAACUACUGAUGUCCAACUGAAAAACCUGCUGAUGUCAGUGGGACCCAUUCAGAGUUUACAGAUGCUUCCUCAGCAGCGGAAAGCCAUAGCAAAAUUUAAGGAGCCAGCACAUGCCUUGGCAUUUCAACAGAAAUUCCACAGGCACAUGAUAGAUCUGUCCCACAUAAACGUGGCACUGAUAGUUGAGUGAAGUCUGCCGAGAGAAAUCCUGGCACUAACAGAAGUGAACUCUGGAGCUACACAAGAGGCAGUGGCAAAGCCGGCGGGUUGUGAAACCUUUCACCUUAGUCUUUAAUUGCUGCGUUGAACUACAGAAAGCAGCGAGAUGUCCUGCAGAAGAGCUGAACUUGAGAGGAUCUGCAAAGGUGGAAUUUCUGUUUGUUCACGUUCUGUUGUAACCACGUGGAACUACAGAUUUUUUUUUUCAAAAUGUUCUCAAUGCAUGUAGACACUGUUCUUCGAGAUCCUACUGUGUGACCACAGUGACUUGAGAGAGAACGUUUACAUCGAAAGAUUUAAAAACUUUCUUCAUAGCAAAGAAUAUUUGAUAAUGGUUGCUCUUAUCUUCAGUGUGAGGUAUUUGAAUGAAAACUCACUUUUCUAAACAAAGCACGUUAGUUACGUUGUAUAUCUGAGAGCACAGAAGGUAUUCUUGCAUAGAUUUAAACGUGAUCUACUUCACUGAAUAGCAGUCUGCGGAGAAGCUUUGGAGGUGACACUGGAAAAUUGUAGUUUUGAUCUUUGUAAAUAUGUUAAGUCUGUCUUUGCCUUUUUCUAUUCCAACACAGACUUCUGUCUUCUCCUUCCAACUCCACUUACUCCAUAAAACCCUGUGUAGGAGUAACAUGGAUGUAUUUUCCCUGAGUUUUUAAAAACAAGGAUCUUUGCCCUUCAGUAGCCUUGUGGUGUAGUGACCUCCAAGUUGUAACUAGGUUGUUUUAAAUGACGUUGCCACACACGAGGAAAAAGAAAUACGUAG